UAUUCUAUUUGAAUAAGUGUAGCAGUACCGACAGUUUAAAAUGGCUGAAGUUUAUGAGUUUAUAAAGCAAGAACAAGAAAAGUAUCUGAAUAUUAACGAGGAUGAAAUUUUAAAGGAUUUAACUGAGGAUGAAAUUGAACAGUUGACUUUGGAAUUAGAAGAUUUAGACCCUGAUAAUCAGUUGCUACCAGCAGGAUUUCGUCAAAAAGAUCAAACGAAAAAAGAUCCAACAGGGCCAUUAGAUCGGGAAAAGUUGAUUACUUACAUUGAAGAAGAGGCCAAAAACGUUGAAGAUAAAGAAGAUUUAGUUCCAUAUGAAGCUGGGAUAAAAAGAGGAAAAGUGUUUGAAAAAACUGAAGCUUCUGAAAAGUCGCUUCCACCGUCGCACCUUGAUCCAGAACUUGAAGAAUGCUUAAACAGUGCAACUGAGGCUGAGCUAACAGAUAUUGCUGCAAUAUUGGGAAUGCAUACAAUGAUGAACACAGAUCAAUUCUACAGUUCAUUGAUGGAAACAAAAAUAGUUAACAAGACAGGGUAUACAAGCACCACAAAAUGUGAAAUGAAGGUCACAGCUUUAAGUGAACCACCCAAUCCAACAGAUGUUGAGGAAACUCUUUCACGAAUCAGGGACAAUGACAAGUCAUUGACAGCUGUAAACCUCAAUAACAUCAAGCAUAUCCCAAUUCAUACUCUUGUUGAUUAUUGCGAAGCAAUAAAAGUAAACACAUGUGUCACAUCAUGGUCACUUGCAAGCACACGUACAAACGAUUCUGUGGCGUUUGCAAUAGCUGAUAUGUUAAAGAUAAACAGAACACUAAAAGUAUUAAAUGUUGAAAGCAAUUUUAUUUCUGGAAAUGGCAUUCUUGCGAUUUUAGCCACACUUGAAGACAAUGAUGUUCUUGAAGAACUCCGCAUUGAUAAUCAAAGAGCUCAGUUUGGAAACAAGGUGGAAAAUGAAAUGUGCGAAAUUUUGGAAAACAACAAAACUUUGUUGAAGUUUGGAUAUCAAUUUAAUCUGCAAGGUCCACGUGGUAAAGUGGCUGAUUGCCUCACCCGUAAUUACGAUACAAAGCGUAAAACCAGAGUCAAUUACAACCCAUCAAGUGUGGUUUCUAAAACCUUUAUCAAGAAAAGGCGAUAAAUUUGUUUGUUUUGGUUCAUGGCAUUUAUCAAGAGUAUGUGUAAGGAAUGAUAAUAUUUUGCUGCUUUCUCUUUUUGCAUGAACUUUGUUAUUUACCAAUGUACAGAGAUACAAAUUAUUCUUUAAUAAAACAUAUUUAGCAUUUUAGUUAAAGCUCUAAUUCUAGGUUUACUUCGAAAACUACUGAUUGCGAAUGUACUUAUUUAUGUAUUGUGUUUGUAUUUUUUAUGGCUCCUGACUAUUUUAAAAUAAAUGUAUUAUAGGACUCGAUUAGAAUUUAUAUCUAUCCCAAUGUAUAUUUGAUUUUGCUAUCUACAUCUUUGUACUGUGUUUUGCUUGCUUUUUUACAUAUGUUGAGCGCAUGUAUUUGCAUGUAAAAUACACAUCAAAAAGAAAGUGAA